GAGAGCUGGACUCUCUUGGACUGUAAAAACCCUCAGACCGGGCGUUGCCUCUUCUGUCUACUUCUGAGCUGACUUCAGGAAGGAACAUCAGGGUGAAAUGGCUUCUGACACACAAAAGACGAGUACUGAUGCUUCAGUACAGAUAGUUUUAAUCGGCAAUUCUGGUUCUGGUAAAAGCUGCUCUGGAAGCACAAUACUUAACCAGAAACACUUCUUAUCAGAUGCAUCUGCAAAGUCAGUCACUCUGAGAUGCCAAAUUGAAACUGAAAUAAUCAACGGCAGGACGGUUACUGUAGUGGAUACUCCAGGCUGGGACUGCACAGAACGUUCCCUGCAAGAAGUCGAGAGAGAAAUACAGAAGGUUCUGCAGACUCUCAAUGGACCAUACUCCUUCCUCCUGGUUAUAAAGGUUGGUCUUGUGGAAGUUGAAGAAAUUAAUAAAAUCUACAGACUCGAAAAAGUCCUUGGUUCUUCAUAUCUAGAACACACCACCAUCCUGUUUACCCACAGUGAUAAUCUUGAAUUUAAAACCUUUGAGCAAUUUCUCAGGGAAGGAGGAAAAGAGUUUCAAGAGCUGUUAAGGAGUGUCGGUCACAGAUGCCACUCCUGGAACAACAGAGACGAGAGAUCUGAUGAAGACGUGGAGAAAGUCCUGGAAAACCUGAUAAAGACAGAGAUGAGGAGUUCGGCAAGUAGUUCCCAGCUCAGCAUCAACAAAAAACAGCCCAGCAAAAAAAUCCCACCUGAGGAGACUGGAAGCAGUGAAAAGACCUUCAGAGAGGAAGAAACUCCCAUUGAUGCCCAAAUAUGCCAAAACACUGUCCGAGUUUUAUUCCUUGGAAUGACAAAGGGGGGAAAAACCUCAAGUAUCAGGAAUCUCCAAAAACACGGAGAACAAACUGAAAACAAGGAUGUCUACAAAUAUGUUGCACCUGAGCUUAGUCUGCAGCUCAUAGACUCUCCAGGCUUUGAUGAAAAUUCAGAAGAAAUCCAGAAGAUUAUCUGCGAAUCCGUGUCCACUUAUAAACCUCAUGUCAUGAUGAUUGUGAUGAGCGUUGGCCGCUUCACUCCAGAAUCGAAAAGAAUCAUGCAGCACGUUCAGGAUUGUCUGGGGCAGAAUGCCGCUAAACACACAAUGUUCCUUUUCACAGGAAAAGAUGAUCUGAAUAAAAAAACGAUCGAUUGCUUCAUUCAAGAGAAUGCAGACCUCUGUGAACUCGUGAGCAAAAAUGGGAACAGAGUUCACGCACUGAAUAACAGAGAUGCCAGCGAACGGAGCCAAAUGGAGGAACUGCUGCAGAAGAUUGCUAUCAUGCACGAGGAAAAUAGAGGAGAAUUCUACAAUUUAGAGAAAUGUUCAGGAUCAGUGGAUGGGAAAGGAAUCAGGUCUCAUCUGAGUGGAGCUUAUAGUUGGAUGAAAAAAAAAGUCGGCUUCGACCACAAGUAAAGUAAAAUGUUCACAUUUACACAUGCUACGUAUUGUGCAAUUACCAUUAAUUAUUCUCUCCAGAAGUGUGGAAAACAUGCCAUAACAUAUAAUAAUCAAAUAAUGCAUUAUAACAUCUCAUAAUUACUGGGUGUAUGUUCCGAUUGUAAGGUUAAUCAUCUGUUGUAAUUAGAUCUCUCACUGUUUAUUAAUUCAUGUUGACUUAAUAAAAAAAAUACAUUUCAUAAUUGCC